CUGGCUCAGAGAGGAAGGACAAUGUGUUUCAACGUCUCCUGCUUUAAAAAAAAAAGAAAAGAAAAGUGUAUUUAUGUUCGUUGAGAAGAAGAAAUCCACAAACUGUGGAGUUUAAACAGAUAAGGAGAGUUCAUUUUUCUUUUACAGGUCAAGAGGCCAGUUAAUGAUUAGUGAGACCCAAGUGGGUGUUUGCUGUCCAAAACUUUGAGAGUCUGGCUUGUAGGAACUCGGCUUCACCCCAGCUCUGAGACUUGCAGCUCAGCGAUGCCCCCAGGCCUCAGGAAGAGACUCUUCUGCUCAUGGGGGCUCCUUUUGUGGCUUAGCAUUGGAAGUGCAGGAGAUGCACCUCCUACCGCACAGACAAAGUGCACUGACUUCCAGAAUGCUAAUCUUCUCCAAGGCACCAAUCUCAAAGUCCAGUUUCUCCUCUUCACCCCUUUGGAUCCCAGCUGUGGGCAGCUAGUGCAGGAAAGUAGUGACAUCCAAAACUCUGGGUUCAAUGUCACUCUGAGAACCAAACUACUCAUCCAUGGAUUCAGGGCUUUAGGUACAAAGCCUUCCUGGAUUGAUAAAUUCAUUGGCAGUCUUCUUCGGGCAGCAAAUGCUAAUGUGAUUGCCGUGGACUGGGUUUAUGGUUCUACAGGUGUCUACUUCUCAGCCGUGGAAAAUGUGGUUAAGCUGGGACUUGAGAUCUCCCGUUUCCUCAGAAAACUCCUGGUGCUGGGUGUGCCAGAGUCUUCAAUCCACAUUAUUGGAGUUAGCCUGGGGGCCCACGUUGGGGGCAUGGUGGGACAUUUCUACAAAGGCCAAUUAGGACGGAUCACAGGCCUGGACCCCGCUGGACCGGAGUACACCAAAGCCAGCCUGGAGGAGCGCCUGGACCCUGGAGAUGCCCUCUUCGUGGAGGCCAUCCACACGGAUGCUGACAAUCUGGGUAUCCGGAUUCCUGUUGGACACGUGGACUACUAUGUCAAUGGAGGCCAAGACCAGCCUGGCUGUCCCACCUUCAUUCAUGCAGGUUACAGUUACCUAAUCUGUGAUCACAUGAGGGCUGUGCACCUCUACAUCAGUGCCCUGGAGAAUUCCUGUCCAUUCGUGGCCUUUCCCUGUGUCAACUACAAGGCCUUUCUUGCUGGACAAUGUCUGGAUUGUUUUAACCCUUUUCUACUUUCCUGUCCAAGAAUUGGGCUCGUGGAACAAAGUGGUGUCAAGAUAGAGCCUCUUCCCAAGGAAGUGAAAGUCUUCCUCCUGACCACUGCCCAGGCUCCGUACUGUGUGCAUCACAGCCUCGUGGAGUUUUACUUGCAGGAGCCAAGGAACAAGGACACCCUCAUCUCUGUCACCUUCCUGAGCAGCAAUAUUACUUCCUUGGUCAAGAUCACCAUGUACGAUCCAGGCAAGAACCUCCCUGGAGACAGGCCCACUCCACCUGGAGCUGUGUUAAGGCUGCACUUCCUGUUCCUUGCAGCUCAUUUGCCAUCUUGGGAGAUACUGCGUAGCACAUAGCACUUCCUUGGCUUUUCCUACAGCUUAUCGAUUUGAAGUGUGUGCAAAUUAUGCUUCUACGAUCAGAAUUGCAUUACGUGAUGCUGAUUGGGAUUACACGGACCUGACCUGUUUUUCCUUGUCCUCAUACUUUCAGUUUUGCUUUUGGACACACUCUUGUGUUACUUUGCUAAUAGCUUCAUACGUUAAAGUGCCAUUAGACUCUCCCACAUUUGAUUUUCCUGCCCAUGGGAAACUUUAGGUCAUCACCUUAAAUGAAUAACCAGUUUCCCUUAUCACAAGUUAAUACAAUGAGAACAUAAUGUUUAAAAUUUCAAGAGACUGUGGCUUGCUGAAGGCUCUACACUCCAGGCCUGUCUUUUUCUUUUUAAAAAGAGAAGAUCAGGGGCGCCUGGGUGGCUCAGUUCGUUAAGCGGCUACCUUCAGCUCAGAUCAUGAUCCCAAGGUUCUGGGAUCAAGCCCCACAUCAGGUUCCCUG